AAGUCUUUUAGUUUCAUGACACGGGCUCGCUCUUUCAUCCCUGUCGGAGUCGCAGGUGAUCUCAACAGUCAACACGGAAUAGUCACCUGUAUCAGCUACAUCACUUUACUAAUUCAUUGUUUUGAUCUUUCGUAAAGCUAAACGUUAAAGAUGACUGAUUGGAUUGUUGAUUCUAUAGUAGGAUUUCUGCGAAGUCCUAUGUGGGUAACGCCUGUUUUAACUUUCAUAGAAGAACAGUCUAUAAUCUUUGAUCCUAGUAUUCCGGAAAGCGAGGAGUAUAAAAGCAAGCAUGCAGCAUAUAGGAAUUUAGUUGGAUUGCUAAUGAAUAGUUACUUGGAAGACAUGGGGUUACCACAGGAACAGUUCAUCAAGGCUUGUGGUUCGUCUAACCCAAAUUCAUCUAUAACAUAUCACCAGGGUUUGUUUGAGCAAAUCUGGGCCGCUGAUGAUUACGAGAUAUUCAAGAGGAUGAUGACGCAAAAGAAUAUAGAGCUCGAGUUGCAGGUGCUACAGCAGAUCCAAGCCAGGAGUGGUGUGCUGCCGGAAUCCAUGGUCCCAGGGCCCAACACGAAUCUCUUGGUCAGCUACAUGGAGAGGACAGAGGAAGAGAUUCUCGAGGAAGUGCUCAGGCAAUCUAAAGAGGAAUUUGAAGCUAGUAAGAAUAUGAGCGAUGAAAUGCAGAAACGGGAUGAACAAGACCUGCAGAAGGCUUUUACUAUCUCAGCAGAGGAAAAAGUCAAACUAGUAGAAAGUGCCCGCAUCGAAAAGAACCUUCUUGAUAAGGCAGUGAAGUUGUCACUGACGGAGCAGGCAACUGUGGUAGCUGUAUCAGGAGCGGCUCCGGCCAGCAAUGCAAAGGCUAGCAGUGUGAUGCCGACUGCAGCAGAGGUUUCUUCGGACAGUAAAGGCAAGGGUGCAAGAGCUGCAUCAGCUGUUGCAGAAGCUGCAUUAGUCGGUAAAGGAAAAGAUGCUAGUGCAACAUCAGCUGUUGCGGAUGCCACACCAGUCAGUAAAGGCAAGGCUGCAAGUGCUGCAACAUCAGCCGUCGCGGAAACAGCUGCAGUCAGUACAACAUCACGGAGCAAAUCUACAGAUGUUAGUGGCCCAGCAGUAAAACCUUUGGAUGACAAAUCGGCCCUACCACCUCUUAAAGUUGAUGCUAAGUCACCGGACCGUGAAACAAAGGUGGGCAAAACUGGAAAAGAUACAAAGAAAGCAAACAUCGCAAAGAACGAACCUCUGAAGCCGAUCACGAAGAAAAAGGGUCCUGUCGAGCCGACAAUGGUGCCGCUCGCACCGACGGAGGCAACUGACGUUGCUGCUGCUAGCUGGGUGAAGUCGGCGCAGGCUGAGGCCAGCUCCUCAGUCCUGCUCACGUCGAGCUUACGUACGUCAAACAUCGGUGGGUUGUCGUCGGAGGAGGUGAAGCAACGCGCCGAGUACCUGCGGCAGCAGCGCGACAAGCUGCUCGCGAUGAAGAAGCAAGCGCGCACGCAGAACCUCACCACCUUCGAGCAAGCGCAGCCCGAGCGGCGGCCCGAGUCGUCGCGGGCGGCCCGCUCGCUGAUGGGCGGCCGCGGCGCGCAGCAGCAGAACGUCGACGAGAAGACGCUGGCAAUGCGCCUCGCGCUCGCGCAGAAGCUGAAGAGCGAGGUGAUCGCUAAAGGUCACUUUGAAUAAGCUAAGUACUGCGCUGUCGCCACGUGUAUGACGUCACCGUGUCACUCGAUAUCGCGUGAAUCCGUGUUUUCAGUGUGGUUGCCGUGUGGUGGUUGCUGCUUCUGCUUGUCUUUCUUACUCCAUGCCGUGCAAGAAGUGUUCAUGCUAUUUUACUGCUUCAGUAGUAUAUAGUGACCAUAAUGUGAACCACCGAUUGCUUACCAUUCAGCAAAGUAUAGAGCCAUAGUAGCAGUAGGUGUGUCCACAAUGGUGACAUAAAAGUUGUCCUACGAGUGGAAAGUCAUUGCAUGACAGGGAGAAUAGUUAUUUUUGUCUAUUAAAGGUGCCUUCCUGUUUAAAUUGCCACGUCAAAUACAGCAUUGGUGAAUUAACAUUUAACAACCGUUUAUUUCCAGCCGCGUGCUUAUAAAAAAAAGUGGAUAAAUGGAGUGAUAUGAUGAAACUAGUGCGACAAAUCUUAUAAACAAUUACAAAACAUUGUAUUUGCCAUUGCUCAUUUUUUCUCCUGACGUUCUCCAGCUUUUCCUCAUUCUAAUUGCCAUCAUUAACUGCAAGAGGUCCCGCCUAACAGACAGAUUUAAACAGAGUUUACUGUGAUUUGCUACAAAUCAGUUGAAUUAGUAACCAUGGGAAGGCAUCUGUAUGUAGCAGAGCUAUCUGUUUAGCAAACUGCCUCAAUGGUGUGAAAAUAACCAACCUGUGUAGUAGGCCCCUGUAUGUGCAUCUAUAUAUAUACAUAUAUAUAUAUAGGAGGACUUUACAGGUUGGAAAACGAAUGAUGCAAACACGCUGUAACAAUCAGGAUGUUGUGGACAGUAAAGGUGCAUAUAUAUAUAUUUAAAGCAAUUUCUUAAUGCUGUGGAUAUUUUAGGUAUCAAUGCGUUCCACCGAUUUUUUUUUCACUUUCACUUUUACUCACUUUAUUUUAAUAUAUUUUUAUUAUGAUCGUAUAUAUAUAUUUAUGUGGAGUUUAUUUAUAUGAGGUGAAGAUUGUUUACUUGCACUAGUCAAAACUACGUGGAAGGGGUCUGCCCGAUUUAUCUUGAAUUUUGAAUCUAAAAUUUAUGGCAUGUUGACACAUGACAAGUUUUUGUGCAGUGUGCACGUUGUUACUGUUUUUAACCCACGUGCUUGUUCCGUCCAUGAACCAAACUGUUAUUUUUGUCACGAAAUCAUAGCCACGUUUUAAAACAAGGCUCACACAGUUUCAUAAUUUUUUUUAGCUUUAGUCCAACUGUAAUUGCUAAGGUAAUAUUUGUCUAACAAAUAUCUCAAGUAACCCGUUUUACUUGAUAUUCUGGAAGAUCAUGAAUUAUUUCGAAAUAAAGUGUGCUGAUGGUCAAAUAAGUUUGUUACUAAUGUACAUCUGCAGAUCAAAGAUAAAUGCUACUCGAUUGAUAUUCCAGU